UAAAUGAAAAUAUGAAUUAUGACAUUUUAGAAGAUGACAUUUUUAAAGAAUUGAAUGAGAAAAUAUAUGAAGAAAUAAAAGAGAAUAUACAAAAUGAUGAUAAAAAAUAUAAAGAGGAUAUUUUUAAUGAUAAUAUUUUUAAAGAAUUAAAGUGUGAUAAUUCCGACGAAUUAACUACAAAUAAAGAAAAUAAAAAUAUAAAUGAGAAUGUAAUACCCUUCCUAAUAAAAAAAAAAUUAUAUGAGAAAAACAUUGCACAAAUAGAACAACAAAUACAAAAUGAUAAAUUAAAUAAAAUGAUGAAAACCAAAGAAAUUAUUUUAGACAUGCUUACCAUAAUUAAAAAUAGGAAAUUGAAUAUACUCUAA